AUGACAUUCAGUGAUGUGGCCGUAGACUUCUCUCAGCAGGAGUGGGAAUGUCUUGACCCUGUUCAGAAGACCUUGUACCGGGAUGUGAUGAUGGAGAACUAUGGCAACUUGGUCUCAUUGGGACAUUCCAUUUCUAAGCCAGAUGUAAUUGCCUUACUGGAGCAAGGAAAAGAGCCCUGGGUAGUUACGAAGGAAGAAACCAGAAGAUGUUGUACAGAUUUGGAGUCAAGGUAUGAAAUAAUCCACUAUGGAAAGAUGUAUGUUUAUAAUAAACAUUCAUCUCUUAGUCUACAUCAGAGAAUUCAAUAUGGAGAGAAACCCUAUGAAUGUAAGGAAUGUGGGAAGGCCUUUAGUCGUCAUACAGAACUUCGAGUCCAUCAAGUAAUUCAUACUGGUGAGAAACCCUAUGAAUGUCAGGAAUGUGGGAAAGCAUUUAGUCGUGUUACAGACCUUCGAGUCCAUAAAGUAAUUCAUACUGGUGAGAAACCCUAUCAAUGUGAAGAGUGUGGGACCACUUUUAGUCGUCUUACAGACCUUAGAGUACAUCAUAGAAUUCAUACUGGUGAGAAACCCUAUGAAUGUGAAGAAUGUGGGAAGGCCUUUAGCCGUGUCUCAAACCUUGCUCAACAUCAGAGAAUUCAUACUGGUGAAAAACCCUAUGAAUGUAAAGAAUGUGGGAAGGCUUUCAGUCAAGCCUCAAACCUUAUACAACAUGACAGAAUUCAUACUGGUGAAAAACCCUACGAAUGUAAAAAAUGUGGGAAGGCCUUUAGUCAUACCUCACAUCUUGUUAGACAUGAGAGAAUUCAUACUGGUGAGAAACCCCAUGAAUGUAAAGAGUGUGGGAAAGCUUUUAGGAGUAGUCAUCAACUUACUAUACAUUACAGAUUUCAUACUGGUGAGAAACCCUAUGAAUGUAAGGAAUGUGGGAAGGCAUUUAGUGUGUACGGACGACUUACCCGGCAUGAGAGUAUUCACAGUGGUGAGAAACCCUUUCAAUGUAACAAAUGCCGGAAGUCCUUUAGACUCAGGUCAAGUCUGAAAGUACAUCAGAGUAUUCAUACUGGUGAGAAACCCUUUGAGUGUGACAAAUGUGGGAAGUCUUUUAGACUUAGUUCAAUCCUAAAAGUACAUCAGAGAAUUCAUACCAGUGAGAGAAUUUAUGGCAUAUAUAUAUAA